GGAUUCGCGAACGCGCCGCACUUUCUUAAAUCCACAAUUACGUCGCUUAAGAAAUAAAAUUUAGCACAGAAAAAAAUAUCUUUAACGAUAUUUCACUAUUUAUUCAAAUUUUGUCGUCAUUUAAACAAGUAACAGUGAGUUUAGAAAUUCAGCAAAAGGCAUCGAAGACUCCAGUGUACCCGCCUUUGUGAUGAUUGAGAUUCCGUAGCAUAGAUGGCAGCACUAAAAAUAUUUGACAUUCCUCGGAUUCCAAUCGUAGUGGGCUCGGCUCAAAUGUCAAACGCGACUAUUUCGUCAACAGAGCUGUGGCGCGAUAGUUGGAUUUUUAUAAUCACAACAAAUAAUAGUGUUUGACGGACAAUGGAUAAAUAAACGGCAGAAUAAAGUGAUUUCUUUUGCGCUUUAAGUAUUAAAUAACUAGUCUUGUUCGUAAACCGCGUUGUAUAGUUGUUGCGAUUGCAAACAUAUUGAUUUUUGUAGUUUGCCGGUCUGGUUACACUGUUAUGAAGUUUCAGUAAGGUUGGGGUACUGUAAUAUUUACUAAUUGAACUCCGCUCGUGUAUAACAGUUUAACGUUCGCGUUGUAUGGUGAGAAAACAAUCAUUCCUUCGUUGGGUCAACUUGUGAAACGUCGUGGGAAGACGAUUCUUUGGUAAUCAUGGAGAAGGUAGAAUCAGCAUUGGACGUGUUAUCACGUGCAGCAACUAUGGUGCAACCAUGCCCCGCAUACCCUGCCAGUGAUUCAGAUAGCUUUGAAAGCCCUAGUACGGCAUCGAGUGGAGAAUCGGAAGGCGACCGCACAUUGUCUCCCGAAGCACCACGAGCACAGCCUAAGGAGUUGACUGGCAAAUGGAGACGGGAACGAAGAUCUGCUAGAUUACCUGACUAUAGGCCUAGAGAGAGUGGCAAGAUGGCGCUGCGGUCGCAAUCGUUCAACGAGCGACGCAGCGUAGCGUCGGUGGCGCGUGCGCAGCCCCACAGCGACGGAGAGCUAUCCGAUGAGAUUGACGAGGCUCCCACUAAUUUGGCUGUUAACGGAAAAGGCGCGCCGCCGGAAUAUCCAGGCAAGCACGAGGCGCCGAUAGACAUGCGUCUGCGCUCCCGGCCUGCUCCGCCACCCUACAACAGGCCUUCUGUUAUUAAGAGCAAUGAUAUUCCUAACGGCUCCAUGUCCAUGUGUGACCCAGUGAUUGACGAACAUUUCCGACGAUCUCUCGGUGAUGAUUACAUGAAUCUGUUUAAAAAAAAUGCGGAGGGUCAAUCUGUGCAACCUGGACCCAAACCAAAUACAAAGGACCGCGCAAGCAGUCCUAUUCAAUUCAAGGCGGAGGAGCCACCGAAACCUACUAAAAUCAUCGCUAUGGAAGUCGACGACGCAAGUCUAUCUGUAGACGAUCAUUUCGCUAAAGCCCUAGGCGACACAUGGAGACAAAUCCAGACGUCAAGGUUAAAAGAGAGCGAAAAGACACAAUCCGUCAAAGGAGGCGUCGACGACCACUUUAGCAAAGCGUUAGGAGACACGUGGAAGAAAAUCCAAUCAACAAAAAUAAUAGAAGAAGAGAAAUCGAAGGAACAGACAACGAAAAUUAUUUCAAGGAGUGGUGUCGUAAUAUAAUAAUGGUAUUACGACUAGACGGUUCAGUUUAUGGCCUUGUAAAAUUUACGAGGCGUUUUCAUGAUACUAACUGAAGUGUCAAUAAAUUCCCACUUGUUUUACAUAAAGAAGCUGUUACUUGCGCUAUGGGUAUGCUAUUUAUGGGGAAAUGGGCGAAACAGUGUCAAGGCUGUCUUCGGAUGUAGAUAGAUAGUACGCUAAUAAGCGCUUCGUGUCGUGAUUUAUAGUCGUUUUGUGAUAUUGAAUGGGAAUGUUUUGUAAUUGUCCUUUAUUGAUUCGCAAGGUGAGACGCGAAUCGACCUUGGCACUAAUAUGCUACUGAAUUAAAUAAACCGAAUAGAACAUUUUAUUCCACUUCGUAACUUUUUGUUGAGCACAAUAUCACCACUAAAUGAAGCAUGGAAAACAACUGUCAACGACGUCAAAACGACGGUCCUUGAAUGGAGACUUUCGACAGAUUCAAAACAACGCGGUCUAGUGAGCCUAUCACGUAACUACUCGCACCAAACCGUCUUUAUGCAACCACCUUUAGUGUGAGAUCACAUUUAAAAAUUCUUUGUUAUUUAAUACUGCCAAUAAUUCGGUGUGAAAAUGCCAAACGCGUUUCAUAACAAAUAUCUGUUAGGUACAUUUUAUUAACAUCCAGAUCUUAUUUAUCUAUUUCACUUAGUCAUUUAGUAGUCAACAGUUACGCAUCGUAAGUUUAUUACCUCAAUGUUAAGCGCUUUGCACAAUCCACUAUUUAGAUUUAAGAAAGAAAGAAAGAACCGCUUUUUACCUGAGCGCGGCGGAUCACAAAGGAAUGUAUUUUCUGAAAGAAAGAAAUGGGUCUAAGGGAGAAACCUACGUCAAUAUGCAAAUUACAUCUCCCGAUUGGUAAACAGGCGUAUCGCGUAGGCUUAUCUUGCAUAAGUCUGCAAUCACAUGGACACCAAGUAUCCCUUCGGGUAAAAGAGGUUCUGUUUUCGGUCUGAAUCGGACCUAAUAUAGGUUUAUAGUAUAGGUUCUUGUAAAUAAUAAAGUGAUUACAAAGAUUUGAAUGUUAGGACACCUUCAAAUUAGACGCUUAUAGAAGCCUUAGAGGAGCGCGUUUUAUACAAUAUCAGCGCUACUGUCGUGACAUGCGCGCGCUACUUUUUUGCAGUAACAAUUAGUGAAGCAAUACAGUUCUGCUGCAGCGCUGCUUUAAGCGUCUAAUUUAAAGCGCCCUUAGAUCAGUUUUCUGGGUGACGAUUCUGCUGACCGUUUUAUUAUAACUUAACUAAUUUAAAACUAUAACCGAAACUAAACAGAAUUUCAAAUUCUGUAACUCUCUGAACUGGUUUAAAAAUAUUUAUUUCUCGUUUACUCUCUAUUGGUGUAAGAGGGACAGGGGUAUUUUUAGAUAAGUCAGAAUAAGUUUAGGUUAAUAAUAAAUGGACUCCAGAAUACAACUCAUAUAUAAUUAAUGGUUCCUCAUAAAAUAUGCACUUUAUGUAAUAUAAUAAAAUAAUGACCUUAGCA